GUUUCCUUCUUCUCUCCGGCGAGAUAAAACAUGGCGAUGCUUCAAGCGAAUCUUACAUCUCCGACAUUUCUGUGUCCGAAGAUUGUAGUCAAAUCAAACUCAGUUUCUCUGGGAUUUAGCUAUCUUCAAAAACUUGAUUUUUCGAAAAGGGUUAGUAGAAGAUACAACAGAGAUGCUUUAUUAUUCUCAAUCAAGUGUUCUUCGUCGACUGGAUUUGAUAAUAGCAAUGCUGUUGUGAAGGAGAAAAGUGUUUCAGUGAUUCUAUUAGCUGGAGGUCAAGGCAAGAGAAUGAAAAUGAGUAUGCCAAAGCAGUAUAUACCACUUUUGGGUCAGCCAAUUGCUUUGUAUAGCUUUUUCACAUUUUCACGUAUGCCUCAAGUGAAGGAAAUUGUAGUUGUAUGUGAUCCAUUUUUCAGAGACAUUUUUGAAGAAUACGAAGAAUCAAUUGAUGUUGAUCUCAGAUUUGCUCUUCCUGGGAAAGAAAGACAAGAUUCUGUUUACAGUGGACUUCAGGAAGUCGAUGUGAACUCUGAGCUUGUUUGCAUCCACGACUCUGCCAGACCGCUGGUGAAUACUGAAGAUGUCGAGAAGGUCCUUAAAGAUGGUUCCGCGGUUGGAGCAGCCGUACUUGGUGUUCCUGCUAAAGCUACAAUCAAAGAGGUCAAUUCUGAAUCGCUUGUGGUGAAAACUCUCGACAGAAAAACACUUUGGGAAAUGCAGACACCACAGGUGAUCAAACCCGAGUUAUUGAAGAGAGGUUUCGAGCUUGUGAAAAGAGAAGGUCUAGAGGUAACAGAUGAUGUUUCGAUUGUUGAAUACCUCAAGCAUCCAGUUUUUGUCACUCAAGGAUCUUAUACAAACAUCAAGGUUACAACACCUGAUGAUUUACUGCUUGCUGAGAGAAUCUUGAGCGAGGACUCAUGAGGUAUCAUUACAAAGUUUUUUUUUAUGUUUAUUAAGAAAAUAUUCAUAGAGCU